AUGCAGUGUAACAUUUCGAUAAAUGAAGAACAGCUUGGUGACCCAUGCCCUGAUACUGAGAAAUAUCUUGAUGUUGAAUACGAAUGUUCUGAGGCGACGAUAAACGUGACAAGCACAUCAUCGACAGCAUUAUUUGAUGUAAUUGAUGAUCGGAUUUUAUCGAAAAUUAACACUGUUGAUACUACUAAAUCAUCUUUACCAACCAAAAUGACGAAAUCGAGAGCGUUAGAAAAUGCCGGUGACGAAUUAUUUUGUGCAGCUACGGUAGAACGUGACGCAGACUGGCCGCGAACUAGAAACGGUAUGACAGCGCAUGUACCAUGUCCAGUUGGAUCCACGGGUCAUGCUGAAUGGGUGUGUGAUCCGUUCGGAAGAUGGGAUUCAGAAGGACCAGAUUUGUUCCGUUGCGUGAGUACGUGGAGUAAAGGAAUACUUAUGGACGCUGAAGAAGUCGAAGAUUCCGCAGAUCGACUAGAAUUUCUACGUGAAAUUCAACUACGAACACGACGUGAAUCCUUACUUGGUGGUGAUCUGAUCACUCUUUCGCGUGCUUUAAAUUUGCUGAUCCCGUCUAUGGUAUACGACAGCGAUGCUGACCAUUAUGUUGAAUUAGUUGUCGAAAGUGUAAAUAAUAUGGCAAAAGGAACACAAUCAGUGGGAUGGAGAGAUUUGAAAGGUGUGAAACGGCGCAUGAUUGCUGAUAUGCUCAUGAACCACGUUGAUAAAGUUUCAGCUGUUGUGAGCACGUUGAUAACUUCUGAUUCGCCGCGUAUCAUAAUGAAACCUAAUAUAGAUAUAGAACUUGAAAUAUCGGCUGUUCGGGUGCAUAAUUAUGUUACGUUUCCCAGUAUGAGCUUGUAUCGAUCUACGGAGGAUACCAUAGAAAUUCCUCGUGAAGCACUAACUUUGCGUGAUGAUACUGUCGAAGAAGCAAAGAUGGUUUAUGCAGCCUAUUCUUCAUUGGCACAAUAUAUUGAACCGGAACCACGUCAAGAUGAGUAUGGUACUCUGAUACCGCGUCAGAUUUCAUCAAAAAUAGUUUCUGCAUUGGUGAUAAAUAGUAUUGGUAAAGCUGAAAGUAUUGAUCACUUGGGCAAACCAGUUGUUAUCACAUUUUCUACUGAACACCAAGCGAAUCUCUCUGCACCGCAAUGUGUCUGGUGGAAUCGUACUCGAUUACAGUGGUCGUCCUAUGGUUGUUUAGUCAGUUUGCAUAAUUCGACUCACACUGUAUGUCACUGCAAUCACUUAACCCAUUAUGCUGUUCUCAUGGAUAUCCACCACCAUCAGCUUACCGUGGAACAUAAUAUAGUGUUAACGUUCAUCACUUAUGCGGGUUGCACUUUAUCCAUAUUAUGUCUUUUUUUAUCACUGAUAGCUUUUCAUUGUUUUGGUAUCAGUGGCGGGGAUCGAAUAUUUAUUCAUCAGAAUCUUUGUUUCUCAUUAUUCAUGGCUGAAACGAUUUUUUUGGCAGGUAUUUGGCAAACGAGUGAUCCGCUUCGCUGUAGUAUUAUUGCCGGUAUUUUGCAUUAUUUUUUCCUUGCUGCAUUUUCUUGGAUGUUACUGGAAGGAUUCGAACUUUAUUAUAUGCUUGUUAAAGUAUUCCAGCCAAAAGACUCCAAAAGGCCAUAUCUUAUAUUGUUCGGUUACGGCUUUCCACUGGUAGUUGUUGCCAUUUCUAUUUGGUUUGAUCGGUUCAGCUACGGUACCGACCGAUAUUGCUGGCUGCGUUCUGAUAAUUAUUUUAUCCUAGCUUUUGUAGCACCCGUAGCAGCAGUCCUGCUUGCAAAUACUAUUUUCAUCGUUAUGACUCUUUUCAUUGUGUGUCGCCACUCUAAUAUUGGCUACACGCCAUGCAAACAAGAUAGCGAUGCACUUAAAAAUGUUAGAAACUGGUUGAAAGGAUCGGUAGCGCUGGUAAGUUUACUAGGUCUCACUUGGACUUUUGGACUCUUGUGGAUUGAUGAGCAGUCUAUCUUGAUGGCUUAUGCAUUCACGACCUUCAAUUCCCUUCAAGGAUUAUUCAUUUUCUUAUUUCAUGUUGCUUUCAAUGAUCGGCUGCAUAAAGAUUAUCGUAAUUGGGCAAAUCAUUCUUUCUGGGCACCACGUUGCAUACGUGAUGAUCCCAGACAUACUUCACACGCAGUGCCUUACUUACCUACAAGUGCCAUGAUCAAAUCAGGACAAGUCAUCAGUUCUGGCUCAUCUACAGGUUCUGAAUUAUUGAAAUUUGCCAAAUAUUUUGGUGGAACAAGCGAUAGGUAUUCACCAUUCUUGGCUUGUCAACAAACGGUAUUCAUUGGUAAAGAAAUCUAUGAGAGGAGAGUUGUCUCUUGUAUCAAAUUUUCUUAUACUGCAUUUUUUUUCCUUUCUUUUUUAUCGCUCAGUGACAAAGUGGAAAAAUAUCCGUCAGUGAGCGAAAAAUACCCCUCAUUACCAGCAGCUCGUAUGAUUGCCACUAUUGAUCCUCGAUACAGUAACUCCGUGCAAAUACUUCCAGUACAGCAACGACAUAAUCCUUCAAAUAGUAUUUUUUUAAUUUGUGAUGAUCUUUCUACUUCGUCAUGCAAUUACUGUCAUCAGUUCGCACAGCAAGAACAGCAACAGCAACAACAUUACUAUCACAACCACCAUCAUCAAUCACAACAGAAGUACUAUCCCGAUUGUUACACACCUAUAACAUUUGUGCCUAAUACAAGCCUAAUAAUUGGAUUCGGGCCUGAAUUGGCUACAUCUUAUUUCAGGCCACCACCAAACUUUCCUCCUCCACCACCGCCACCUACUUCUGCUUCAUCGUCAGUUCCUUCUGGUCAGUUAUUAUUAGUAUCUUCAGCUGGUACUAUUACACGGAUGUCAGAUGAUUCGGCUUACAGUGAUAGCUCCGCAUCAACUUUGCAGUGUCAUGGAGAGAUAAUUAACAGAUCUGCGAUGUUGCUGCGUAUGGAUUUGUCAAAAAAUCCACCUGUUUUUGUGCAAGGUUUAUAAUU